AUGCCAAAGGUAAUAAGAAGUGGUGUUAGAGAGGUGGUGCUAAAAAUAAAGGAUUUUUUUAUGAAAGAAAAGCAAUCUGGCGCUCCGAUUAUUCCAUUUGAAAGAGUAAAUGAGCGCGUCGCAGCUGCAACAGGUAUAUCUUUACGAACAGUUGUAAGAAUUGAAAAUGAAGGCAGAUUGGCUGAAGCAUCAUCCAUAUGUACAAUGUCGGUCACUUUACAUACUGAUGUUGGAGAUAUAAAAAUUGAAUUGUUUUGUGAACAAUGUCCUAAGGCUUGUGAGAAUUUUUUAGCAUUAUGCGCCAGCGAUUACUAUAAUGGAUGUUUAUUUCACAGAAACAUAAAGGGAUUUAUAGUACAAACAGGUGACCCAACAGGCACAGGCAAAGGAGGAACAUCUAUAUGGGGAAAAAAAUUUGAAGACGAAUUUAAAGAGGAACUAAAGCAUAAUGCAAGAGGAAUGGUGAGCAUGGCCAAUAAUGGACCUAAUACAAAUGGAAGCCAGUUUUUUUUCACAUACGGAGAACAGCAACAUUUAGAUCUCAAAUACACACUUUUUGGAAGAAUUAUUGAUGGUUUUGAAGCACUGGAUGACUUAGAAAAAAUGCAAGUGAACCCUAAAACUUUUAAGCCCUUAACAGAAGCAAGAAUUACUUCUGUGACUAUACAUGCUAAUCCAUUAGCUGGA